AUGCAGUUAGAGUCAGUCGACGCACUUCAGAUCAAGGCAGAAGAGGUUUCGGGAAUUUCGCAGAGAACUUCCGUUAGGGCAUCGCACCCUUCCUCCUCUUCCCUCACACUCCCCCUCACGCACUCCCCUCCCUUAGCCGCCAGCACCACCACCACCGCCGCAGCAUCCGUCCUCCCUGUCCCAUCCCCGUCCCUUUCUCCCACCCCAUCUGCACAUCUUUCCCUUUUCCCGUUCCCCUUCCCCUUUCCCUUCCCCUUCCAUCUCCCUCCAUUCUCUGCUGACUCCACCCCUUCCUCCUCCAAUCAUCCCUCUCGCUUUACCACUCCAGGCCCCCACCCGCUCAACACCCCUGCUUCCACCGCCCACUCUCUACACCGCCCGUUCUCCCUGUACCGCCCAAUAUCGCCCUCAAACCGCUCUCUAUCCUCCAAAACCCUUUACAGUCCGUCCUCUUCGACCCUUUCUCCCGCUCUGCCUGCACCGCAACGAGCAGCACCAUCUUCAGCAGCAGGUUCCGAAGCCGUCACAGCAGCUGUAGGAAGAUCCGGUUGUAGCAGCGCUCUUCCCAGUGCUGCUACAGCCGGGUGCAGGUCGGCAGGGUCCGGCAUGGCAGUGGGCAGCAGCAGGAUGAGCAGCUUUAGCGAGUUCAGCCUCCCUCCAAACGCACUGGACGAAGGGAGGAACCACGCGGCAUGGCAUGGGGCGCUGAGACUCAGAGGCGGCAGCAGGUACGGCACUGCCAGAUGUGCCACUGCUGAGUGUGACACUGCCAGGUGUGACUCUGGCGGAUGUGACACUGCCAGAUGUGACUCUGCCGGGCGUGACACUUCCGGGUGUGACUCUGCCGGGUGUGACUCUGCGAGACGUGCCCCUUCGCAGAACAGAAAAUUGAGCAAGAGUUUGUCGCUAGAGGAGAGGGCUCUGGGACUGGGAGGGCUUGCAGAAGGAGUCAGCUACGGGUGGGGCGUGGGGCUUCUGAGGCUUGACGACGCCCUGAAGAACGGAGGAAGCGAGCAUUUGAGUGACCACGGUGGGGCCAGCUCGAGUGGUGAGGCGUCUCAAGCCUCUAGUUACGGCUGGGGCGUGGGGCUGUUGAGACAGAGAGACGGUCUGAAGCAAGGAGGAAGAGGGGAAGCGAGGACGGAAGGUCCGGGGAGGAGUGUGGGUGAGUAUGACGGUGUUACGACACAGGGGAGUGUUUUGAAGCAGGGGGGUGUGGAGGAGCGGAGGAUGGAAGUUAAGGCCUUAACUGAGAGCAAGAGCAGGGAUGGUGGGGAUUUGGGCAGGAACACGAGGAGGGGUUGUGGUGAGUUGGGCAACGGACGAAGGGCACGUGACUUGGGCACAUGCAGCAGCAGGGCUGGUGAGAGGAGGAGCACUGAGAGGAGCAGCAUCGAGGGGGGCAGCUUUGUGGGGAACCGAAACAAUCUUCUUGCGAUGCUGGUAUCGUUACAGCAGUCGCACAGUCAGCAGCAGGAUUGUGAGGCCCGUCGACACGAGAACAGGCUUGUAGAGGGCUUGAUGGGGAGAAGGACGGGGAGCAGCCGGGGGAGAAGCAAACGAAGCCGCGGGGAAUGGUCAGUGAGGAGUAAGGGGCUGGUUGGACCGAUUGAGGAAGAGGAGGGAGAAAUAGGGGAGGAGAGAGAGGAGGCGAACGGGGGGAGACAAGGGGGGAGGGGAAAGGAGGAGGAGAAAGGGGAGUGUAAGGAUCUUCAUAGCCUGGUGCACGAAUGGCUGGAGAUGGAAGGAGAGGCUGAGCUGGCAAGCGGUGAUUCGCCGAUUCUGGACAUAAUAACGCUCACAGCGUUACUGGGGGCUGCUGGGGUUGGGGUGUCGUCCAGACGGGAGAAGUGGGAAGAGAGGCAGAUGUGCGUGGAUUCGAAGGGAGGAGGUCUGCUGGCUCAGAGUCCUUCCUUUGAAGCGCUGCCGCAGCUGCCCUUGGCCAUGGCGCGGGAGGGAUGUGAGGCUAGGUCUGGUGUGGACUGCGGUGCUGCUCGGUUGGGAACAUCUCAGCAGCUGCUGCCCCUGUCCAUGGCGCGGGGAGGACGUGAGGUUGGGCCUCAGGAGAUCUCUCAAAGGCAGGGUGAAGCGUUUGAGGGGCCUCAGCAGCUGCUGCCCCUGUCUCUUGCGCGUGGGGGAUGCCAAGUUGGGCCUUCACAGGCGUUGGAGGGGAAAGAGGAGUUGGGGGAAGAGAGGGAAGAGGAAGAGAUGGAGGGAGAAACGAGGGAGGGGGAAGAGAGGGAAGGGACAGGGGACGGGAAUGGUGGGGAAGGAGGAGAGGGAGGCGAGGGCAGAAGGGGAAAAGGGGGAGAGAGCAAUGGAACAGGCGGAGGGGGAGCAGGGGGAGAAGGGGGAGUAGGUGGGGCAGGCGGAGUGGGCAAUGAUGGGGAGGAGGGUGAUGGAGGGGAGGGCGAUGACGAGGGGAAUGGUGGAGAGGGAAGUGGGAAUGGGGAUGGAGGGGAGGAAGGGGAGGAUGGGGAGGAGGAGGAUGGUAGUUGUGAGAGAGAGGAGGGAGUUGACGAAGAGGAGAAGGAGGAAGAAGGGGUGGAGGAGAAUGAGGAGGGUGAGAUAAGGGCAGAUGAAGAGGUUUCGCAGGAAAAAGGAGAGAAGUCGCUGUUCUGUAGGCAGCAUGAGGGAGUGGCUGCGUCAGGGACAGUAGCAGAGGUGAGAACAGGAGAAGUGUCAGAUGUUGAGAGAGUAGAUGCGGUAGAGACAGCUGAUAACAGGUUUGCUGAUGCAGACCAAUGGUCCUUUGAAUCGACUCAAGAGGGGCUUGCGAGUCCUGAUGACUCUGAAGCAGCAGCGGUAGUGGCAAUGGCAGCUGAUCAGCUCACUCCAGGUUAUGCAGCGGCAGAGGUUGCUAAGAAUCCCAAUAACUCUGAACGAGGGUCCUUUGAGCCAACUCAGGAGGGGCUUGCGAGUCCUGCUGACUCUGAAGCAGCAGCGGUAGUGGGAAUGGCAGAUUAUGCAAUGGCCGAGGUUGGUUCUACGGAGAGCCCCAAUAAUUCUGAACAGGGGUCCUUUGAGUCGACUCAAAAGGGGUUUGCAAGCCCUGCUGACUUUGCUUCUGCUCAGGACUUGCUCGAUUCAGCUGGGGAGGGGUUUGCAAGCCCUGCUGACUCGGCUCAUGUUUCGGCUGAGUCGACUCAGGAGGGGCUCCCAAGCCCUGCUGACUUUGCUUCUGCUCAGGACUUGCUCGAUUCAGCUCGGGAGGGGUUUGAAACCUCUGCUGACUCUGCUCAAGUUUCCGUUGAGUUGACUCAGGAGGGGCUUCCAAGCCCUGCUGACUUUGCUUCUGCUCAGGACUUGCUCGAUUCAGCUCGGGAGGGGUUUGAAACCUCUGCUGACUCUGCUCAAGGUUCCGUUGAGUUGACUCAGGAGGGGCUUCCAAGCCCUGGAGACUCUGCUGCUGCUCGGAAUUUGUUCGAUUCAGUUGGGGAGGGGUUUGCGAGCCCUGCUGACUGUGCUGUUGCUCGGGUGGGGUUUGACAGCCCAGCUGACUGUGCUGCCGCUCAGGAUUUGUUCGAUUCAGCUGGGGAGGGGUUUGCGAGCCCUGCUGACUGUGCUUCUGCUGAGGAUUUGUUUGACUCGGCUCGAGAGGGGUUUGAAAUCCCGUUUAGCACCGAACAAGUGUUCUUUGAGGCGACUGGGAAGGGUUGCGAGUGUUCGGAGAAUGAUAAUAACGAGAAAGAGGUGUUGUUUGAUACCUUGGCCGCCUUCAGUCCAGAGGCUUUUACUUUUGAGGGUGCUGGUGAUGAUGCUGAGAGCAGUAGAAAGGGGGGAGCAGCUGCAGGAGUCGAAACAGAGAGUGAAGCAUCAGAGGGAGACCCCUCAUACCCCUCGUUAGAAGCACAUCCCUUUCUGCCAGAAGAUCCGUCCCUUGUUGGAACCACAUCCCAGGCUCUUUCAGACGCCAUUUCCAUCUCUCCUGACUUGACCUCCGCCGUCCAAUCCCCCUCCUCUGAUCUCCACUCUCCCUCGUUACAGUCAGAUUCCCCCUCGUUAGAGUCACAUGCCUCGCUGCCAGCAGAUGUAUCCCUCACUGCAGCCACAUCGCAGGCCCUUUCAAUCGCCGUCUCCAUCUCUCCCGAUUCAUCCUCUGACCCUCACUCCCCAUCCUCCGCCCUCCAGUCCCCCUCUUUAGUAUCACACGCCUCGCUAGUAUCACACCCCUCCCUGCCAAGAGAUGUUUCCCUCACAGCAGCCAUAUCCCAAGCCCGUUCAAACGCCAUUUCCAUCCCUCCUGACAUCGGGGCCGAUCCUCACUCCCCUUCCUCCGCCCCUCACUCCCCUUCCUCCGCCCCUCACUCCCCUUCCUCCGCCCCUCACUCCCCUUCCUCCGCCCCUCACUCCCCUUCCUCCGCCCCUCACUCCCCUUCCUCCGCCCCUCACUCCCCUUCCUCCGCCCCUCACUCCCCUUCGUCCGCCCCUCACUCCCCUUCCUCCGUCCCUCACUCCCCUUCCUCCGCCCCUCACUCCCCUUCCUCCGCCCCUCACUCCCCUUCCUCCGCCCCUCACUCCCCUUCCUCCGCCCCUCACUCCCCUUCCUCCGCCCCUCACUCCCCUUCCUCCGCCCCUCACUCCCCUUCCUCCGCCCCUCAUUCCCCUUCCUCCGCCCCUCAUUCCCCUUCCUCCGCCCCUCAUUCCCCUUCCUCCGCCCCUCACUCCCCUUCCUCCGCCCCUCACUCCCCUUCCUCCACCCCUCAUUCCCCUUCCUCCGCCCCUCAUUCCCCUUCCUCCGCCCCUCAUUCCCCUUCCUCCGCCCCUCAUACCCCUUCCUCCGCCCCUCAUUCCCCUUCCUCCGCCCCUCAUUCCCCUUCCUCCGCCCCUCAUUCCCCUUCCUCCGCCCCUCAUUCCCCUUCCUCCGCCCCUCACUCCCCUUCCUCCGCCCCUCACUCCCCUUCCUCCGCCCCUCACUCCCCUUCCUCCGCCCCUCACUCCCCUUCCUCCGCCCCUCACUCCCCUUCCUCCGCCCCUCAUUCCCCUUCCUCCGCCCCUCAUUCCCCUUCCUCCGCCCCUCAUUCCCCUUCCUCCGCCCCUCACUCCCCUUCCUCCGCCCCUCACUCCCCUUCCUCCACCCCUCCCUCCUCCGCCCUUCCCUCCCCUUCCUCCGCCCCUCCCUCCCCUUCCUCCGCCCCUCCCUCCCCAUCCUCCGCCUCUGCACACUCCCCCACCUCCCCACCCCCUCAAUCCCUCUCCUUCCCUUCCACCCCUUUCUCCCCAUCCACCUGUGCUUCCUCCUCCUGCCUCUCUCUCCCCCUGUCCCGCCUCCGCUCCUUCUCCCCUCCCCGCACCCACUCUAUCCAAACCAACUCUGACCAGGCCAGUGUCUUUGGCCGCUCCUCUUCCCACACUCACUACUCCCACACUCACUCCUCCCAUACACUCUACUCCCACACUCACUCCUCCCAUACACACUACCCCCACACUCACUACUCAACCCACCACACUCACUUCCCUUCUCACACUCCCUUCUCCUCUCGCACUCUCCAAUCCUCCCAGGUCCAGGCCCCAUCACGCACUCUCUCCUAUCCAUCUGCAGCGACUCAUAUCUCCUCCCACCCUUCCCCGCUGUCCUUCACCACGAUUAGCACAGCACCGCUCCUGUUCCCUGUUGUGAGUGGUGAGGAAGCAGCACCUGAAGCAGCAGCACCUGAUGCGGCAGAACCUGAAGCAGCAGAACCGGGAGAAGCACCUGAAGAAAUACCUGAAGGAGGAGUCGAAGUACCACCAGAAGCACCACCAGCACCUGAAGAAUCACCUGAAACUUCUCAGGAAGAUGCUGGUGUCUCGGCAAGUGAUCAGGAGGAGAGCGUGUUUUCAAUCUCCCUUCUGGGAACGACAGGGGAGGAGGAGAAGAUACUGGAAAGCCAAGAGGAGAGCAAAGAGGUUACUACCGUUGCUGCCAGUGAUCCUGUUCCCUCUGCUCCUGCUGCAUUGUGCUCUGCCACUGGACUUACCAGUGCUCAGCCUGACAUCCUUCCUGAAGUACCGCCUAAGCCCGAUCAUGCUCCAAUAGUCACUAUCCUUUCUACUCCUGCCGACGACCAGAAGCAAGCAGUACCAGCAGAAUCAGUGGUGGCAGGAGCGACUGCAGCAGCGGCGGCAGUUCUGGCUGCAGUGGCUGCAGUCAAACCCUCAUCUCCCUCUCUCUCCCCCAGCAGCAGUCUCCCGCGCCAUAUCCGUGUGUCCUCCCCUCGUUUCCACCCAACACAGCCAACCUCUCUCUACUUCCCUGCUACUGCUGGUAGCAGUCUCGUUUCUGCUAAUGAUGCCGAUGCUGAUACUGGCAUUGUUGCUGCUCCUGCUGCUCCUGCUGCUGCUGAUGCUGCUGAUGCUGCUCCUGUUGCUGACACGGCUGCUGAUAACGCUGCUGCAGGCAAGGCCAUCAGAAGCACUUUCAACCUUUAUCCAUAUGCCAAGCCUGCCAGCCUCGUCAGCAAGGUGUUCGUAUUCAGGUCCCCAAGCGGGGAAACCGCUACCAAGGCGCUCCAUUCGGGCUCGUGUCAGCAGCACAAGCCGCCUCUUUCUGACUCGCCUCAGCAGCAGCACUCUGCACAUGGCGGCAAUACUACUGCCACCAGCAGCAGCGGUACACCCAUGACACCCACGCAAUCUUCCAUGGCACCUACAAGCUCAUCUGCGAAGGCUUCUGUGACGCCCAAGCGAUCCAAGAGCUUGUCAACAGUAGCUGCUGCCACUGCUUCCUCCUGGCUCCGAUCUCUUAAGUCCACCCUCUCCCCAUCCUCUUCCUCCUCCUCCUCAUCGGCUAAAGCAGCACGCACGAGACAGUCACGUUCCACAGAGCCACACUGGAUACAAUCACCUGCUCUGGCGUCUGUUGAUGCACCCUCUACCUCGGCCUCCUCACUCGCCUCCCUCAUCUCCCCUCAUCAUGCCCCCUACCCUCCCCAUGCCCCCCCUUCCCAUGCCUCCCAUCCUCCUCCUCCUCAACCGUUCCCUGCAUCCGCCCCUGUAGGUCCUGCCUCCGAACCCACAACUUUCUGGAACCUUCCCCCGGUAGACCUCCCUCCACCCGCUAUCGCUCUGGACCCCAUUCCACCCCUUUCUACUCCUUCUGUUCCUCCUUCAACUGCUCCUGCUGCUCCUUCUUCUCCUACUCGUGGCUUGCCCAACUCCCAGCUCUCCACUUCUCCCUCCUCCCUCAUGUCUCCCCUCUCCGCUCUCCCCAACUCUCCUACUUCCUCGCCCCCAGCCCCUCCUGUCAGCACCACCCCUUCCACCCCACCUGUUCGCCCAGCAUCCCCUGCUCUCAAAUCCACCCGCUUUGGAUUCACCCGGAAUUCGCCCCUUCAGAAUUUUCAGAAUUCGCCCAGACAGUCCUCUCCUCCUGCUGCUAGGAUUCGGCCUCCCUCACCGCGCCGUCUCUUGUCCUCCCUUCACAAGAUGCUCAGCCCAGGUGUCGGAUCAGGUGGAAUUUCAGCAGAUUUUGCUGCAGGAGUUGAGCCCAACGGGCUGGCUGUGGCAGUUGAAAUACUUCCUGCUGCUGUAGCCCCUUCCGAGGAUGUAGCAGCAGAUUUCGCUGCAAAACUUGAGACUGAUGGGUUGGCUGGAGCAGAGGAAAUUUCCAAUGCAGCUGUAGCCCCUUGGGAGGAUGUAGCAGCAGAUUUCGCUGCAGAUCUUGAGACUGACGGGCCAGCUGUAGCAGUAUCAGCAGAGAUGGAAGAAGGGACAACCGUUGAGGAGGAGGGAGGUGAAGGGGAGAGCAGUGAAGAGGGGGUAAAGGGGGAAAGAGAGGGGGAAGAAAAGGAGAGGAAGGAUGGGCAGGAGGAGGAGGAGGGAGAAGGGGAGAAGGGAGGGGAGGAGGUUGUGGAAGUGAAGGAGGAGGAUGAGGAGGAUGAGAAGAAGCGUGAGAGAAACGAUGCGGAAGAGGAGGGUGCAGAGAGAAAAACAGGGUGUGAGUGGGUAGGGCUGCAGGAAAGCACAGCACCAGCUGAAGGAGAGGAAGAGAGAGAAGAAUCAGGUGGUGAGGAGGAGAAUGGUAAUGAUAAUGGUCACGCAGGAACAUUGGAACGUGAAGUAAAGGUCGCUGUACCGAGCCUUUCAGAGGGAAGCAUUGCAACCACAGGACCAGCAGCAUCAGGCGUUUCAGAAGGGACAGUCACAUCACCUCUAUCCUCGUGCCUCUCCCCUCCUCCAUCCACCUCCCCCUCCUCCUCCAUAUUUUCCCUUUCUCUCACUCUCGCCCUUGCUUCUCCUGAACCACCUCCGUCCCUCGUCACCCCCACACCACCACCCCUCUCCCUCACCCGCUCCCCCACCCCACCUCCUUCUCUCACACUCUCCCCUGCUCUAGCUGCCCACGUGCCCACUCAACACAGCCUACACAGCCCCACACCACCGCCCCCUUCCCUCGUCACCCCCACCACACCACCACCCCUCUCACUCACCCUCUGCCCCGCCCCGCCCACUUCCCUCCUCCCCUCCCCCGCUCUAGCUGCCCGUGUGGCCACCCAACACAGCCUGCACAGCCACACACCACCGCCCCCUUCCCUCGUCACCCCCACCACACCACCACCCCUCUCACUCACCCUCUCCCCCGCCCCGCCCACUUCCCUCCUCCCCUCCCCCGCUCUAGCUGCCCGUGUGGCCACCCAACACAGCCUGCACAGCCACACACCACCCCCUCCCUCCCUCGCCACCCCCACCACACCACCACCCCCUUCUCUCCCCCUGUCCCCAGCCAUAGCUGCCCGGGUUGCCACGCAACACAGCCUGCACAGCCCCUCCCCACCACCUAACUCCCUCGUCACCCCCAGAUCACAGCCCCCCUCCCUCCCCCUCUCCCCCGCCCUAGCUGCCCACGUGGCCACCCAACACAGCCUGCACAGUCCCACACCACCGCCUCCUUCCCUCGUCACCCCCACCACACCACCACCCCCCUCACUCACCCUCGCCCCCAGAUCACAACCCCCCUCCCUCCCCCUCUCCCCCGCUCUAGCCGCGCGGGUUGCCACUCAACACAGCCUGCACAGCCUGCAGAACCUUCGGAGCAGGCUGCAGCAGCAGCGAAUGGCGAUGCGCCAGCUGGCGGAGGAGACGAGCAGGCUGCGGGGGUGGCUGGGCAGUGCUGCUAGCGGGGGAAGUGUGCCGGUUGGAUCAGGUGGUUUGGCUGACCUGUCAUCACCUCCUGAGUCGUUUUUAAGUGGUGCUGACUCACCAAUUGGUUCUUACUCACCAACUGAUGCUGACUCACCAACUGAUGCUGACUCACCAAUUGAUGCUGACUCACCAACUGAUGCUGACUCGCCAACUGAUGCUGACUCACCAAGUGGUGCUCAUGCUGCAGCGGGAAGGGUGGCUGAAACCAAUGAAGCCGAUGGAAAGACAGGGGCCGCUGAAGCAGUCGAGGGAGCUGAAAUCUGUGAGACAACCGAAGAGAAGGACGUACGUCCGGAGCAGCAGCAAACGCAGUGUAAGACAAGCGAGGAACCUAACGAGUCGACUUCUGGGUCGACUGGAAAAGCACAUGAAGAGAUGGGACGUGAGGCACAAAACACCAAGGGUUUGGGAGGGGGGAGUGGAGCGGAGGGAGGAAGCGGAGGAGUGGAAGCUACUGGUGCAACGGAAGGAGGUGUGCAGUGCAGAGAAAUGGGUUUCUUAGGUGCUGCUUCUCCGAUAACUCCUGCUUCCGGCGCAGGAGUGAACACAGUAGCUCCUAUUUCUGAGGAAGUGGCCAGUACUGUUCAUGACGCGCCUCCGAAACUGGAACGAGCAGCUGUGCUCUUUCCUGCUCGUUCUGUGGCUGCUUUUAAAUCUUCUGCUGCUGUAGCAGGAACGAGCACAGCAGCUUCUGUUUCUGGUGAAGCAGCCAAUACUGUUACUGAGGCGUCUCAGCAACAGGCUUCGUCUAAAGCAGCUGCUACCGCCCCUCAGCAUCCCCUCUGGCAUCCCCUUUACGGUCCUCCCCCUUAG